CCGCCCAUCGAGUAGAAGAGGAUGCUGGAGUGAUAAAGCAUCAUGCAUCUAAUCUCCUUUGAGAAUUACGCUGAACUGUUUUCUGAUGGACGUUUGAAUUAUUUGACGGCACGAACACGUGGAUAUGUAUGACUGUUGCUUCCGAACAUCAUUCGACGUUAUCAUUACAUUGUAUCGGUGUUGACACGAUAAUGCUGUAGUUUGCGUUUAUCAUGACUAAAGUGCAACUAACCUCGUCCCCAGGCUAUUGCGCGCUAUUGCGCAUAUAAAGCGGAAGUGUCUGGGGACGAGAUUAUAGCGAAACCUGGGGUUAUUUCCAAGGUUCUUUACAUUGGACAUAUUACAAUAAUUGAAUUGUAACCACAUUUCAACGUCAAGACUCAAGAUAAUGUUUUCUUGAACAAGAAUAGUUUAGAAGGCUUUAGUGAGAAAAUGCGGUAUAAUUCUCUUUCUGCCAUUUUUUGUUGUUGCGUUUUCCACUUAUUGUUCACAUUCUAAAGAAAACUGUGCUUACAUAGAGAAACAAACUUGGCGAUGGUGAUACCAAGAGGAUAACUUCAACUUCAGGACAGCCACUGCUUUCAUCUGACACUUGCCUUCGUUGGACCGUGGACUCUAGUAAACCUGACCGAAUAACUUCAUAAUUCUGUUCUUCCAGUCUCACACACACACACACACACUGUGCUGGCAGCUGAUGGAAGAGAAGACACCCAUCAAGCUUGCCAUGGUGUCCAGACUGCCUAAGUUCGGGGUCCGCCCCACCACGGGGGUCACCAGCCCCCUGCCCAAUGGAACCACCCCUUCACCCCAAGACAGCAAGACCACCCCCCCAGCAAGACCCAAUGGGGUGGUCCGUGCCUCCUCCUUCUCUCUAAAAUGGAGGAAAGACGGUGGCAGUACUCCAACCACCCCUACUAGCCUUGAAGAUGAUGCAUGCCCAAAGGAGGGAGGGGACAAGCCCAAGACUCAGCACUCCACAUGGGGGAGGGAGAUCAAGAAACCCUCCCCAUCCACCCCUAAGAGGGUCAGGAGGUCUGGUUCGUCUGAGUCAUCUACUUCCAGCCCCAGGGCCAUCCCCCGCCAAGCCGCAAAGACCAGCCCCAAGGCAGGGCCCAGACAGGGGCAGAGCACCUCCUUCAGUGGAGGCCCCAAACUAGGCCAAAAUGGAGCUACUGAUUUCUCAGGACAGUUAGGCUCAGGGCUGGUGAGGCCACGGGCCAGCUCCAGCUCCCCGCGCAGCAGCUCUAGAGAUAGCCUGUCCCAGUCCAGCGACAGCCUCAAGUCCCUCACACUGGACAACAUGGUGCGCUCGCAGAGUUUCACCCACUUCAAGCAGAUCCCGUCCCCGACCAACUUGCCCAUGGCACGCUCCUUCUCCUUUAACCGGGCAGUGGAGCUGGCCAAGCCUCUGGCCAACACCCAGCUACAACCACCCAGGACCAACCACAUCAGACCCCACCAGCUGUCCAAUGGGAGGCAGGGCCUGGGGAUGGGCCUCGGCCUAGGGACAGGGCUGGGGGGGCUUCAGUAUCCUAGGAGCCUCUCUUCAGCCGGCUCCCCUUCCACAACCCCUAGUGCCCUGAAAAAACCUCUUCUCCCCAACUGUGUUCUGAACAAGCCUUCUGCUCUGGGCUAUAGACUGACACGGCCUGGCCAGGUCAAGCAGCAGAAACCCCUGUUUACAGGGAGGGUGAAGGGGGAGGUCAGGGCUGGAGGAGUGGGGGACCGGGAUAGGGCAGAGUCACCCCCCCUCACCCUCACUCCUGACCCCCUUAGUGACAGCGACAGGACCUCAGGGGGGCAGCUCAGGGGGACAGGGGAGGGGCUAGAGGACAUGUCUCUCUCCUCAGCCUCAUCGCUCUCUCGAGGAGACACCAGCGAGGAGUUCUUGGAUGACUUUAAUAACCUGGCUGAUGGGGAUGUCCCAGACAACAGGACGAGAGGUAGUACUGCCACUCAGACCCGCCUGCGGAGCUUCCUGAAUGAGACCAUGGACUGGAAUGAGAUGAGCCUCUCAGGGCGGAAGGAGGAAGUUGGGGUGAGGACAGCCCUUGACAUCCUGCCCCCAGAGAGGGGAGACUUCCUUCAGGGCUCGUCUCUGGAGCUGUCCCCCUCUAACAGCUCGGGGGGCACCUACAUGUGGGACGAGGAGGAUCUGGAACCCCUGGGACCCAGAACACACCCAUGUGAGAGCUAUGACGACUCAGACCGCCUCAACAGCAUGGACAUUCUGAACAACCUGGAGCCAGCUGACCUGGAGGAUGACGACCUCAUGCUGGACGUGGACCUCCCUGAGGACGGCUCUCUACGAACACAGACAACAGUGGCUCCAGACGCUGAUGAGAUGGCCCAUUCUGACCGCUCAGAGAGGGGGGGACGAAAGGGUCACUGGAGGAGGAGGCAGCCUCGCUGGAAUGGACUAGACCACUUCCAUAAUGACAACAGGGGUCCAGUGUUCCAGCAGUAUGAGGGUUACACUUGUCAUGGAGGGUUCAUGGUUGGCCCCCGUCCACUUCCUCCUGUAGGGAGACACGAUGGCUACUCGGGGGCGCUGGACGAGCUCACACUCAAACACAUGGCCCAGGACUGCAGCUCUGUUAAAAACAAGCUGCUCAAACUCAAGAGUUUAUUACAGAUGGAGGAUGGAGGCCCAGAGGUUGUGAAGGAGGAUGAGGAGGAUAACAGCACAACCAUACAGAUGGAGGAGCUAAUGAAGGAGGUGCGGGAGCUCAGGGAGGAGCUGAGGGAUAAGGACAGGACAAUCACGCAGCUCACACGACAGCAGCAGGUGCCUGGGAGCUGUCACUGUCACCAGAGGGCACCGUCGCUCGAGGACAGACAGACGCACCAAGACAAGGCCACACAGACCCCCUGGAGAGGACAAGGAAACAGCCAUGCCCUUCAAAUACUACAGCCUUCCAGCCCCAGCCACCACGAGCACCUCACCCAGGAAAGACUAGUAAAAACAGCCCUCACCGAGGGCCACAGUGACCCCCAGAGAAGGAGGAGCAGGGGAGAUGGGUCCCCUUGCACAGACUCUGACCGCCCUGCUAGAAGCCCGGCCAGGGGUGUCGACACUCCCCCAGUGCCCAAUCCAGACAAGUUGAGCGUGCUGCUCAGCACCCAGCUCAACAUCAAUGACAGAGAAGGGCCUGGGACCAACCCCAGCCCUACCCAGGGGCUCCCUGCAGCCAGCAGCCCAGCAACAGGAGCGCUGUCCAGGCCAGACGAGGGGCAGCGAGCCUCUCCAGAGGGCCCUGGCUGCCCUCGCGUCCUGCAGCGGCCUCGCCUCCACAAGCGCGUGUCUGUCCCAGCUCUGCCUCAGAGGUACGCUAAUGGCUCUCUUCUCCGAUCAGGCUCUGUAGGACUGCUGGCCAACCACAGGACCAAGCAGCUGCCGCCUCCCUCCAGGGGUCUACCCUGCUUCAAUUCUGGUCCCCAGGCAGUGGGCCCCUCCCUGGGCCGCGGUGUGCUUGCUCAGCCCUGCACGCUGGGGGUCAGGAGGGACCUCGGGAGCACCAGCCCUCCUAGUCUGGAAAUGCUAGACCUGGGACUGCUCAGAGCUAGAGUCCUGGUUCCCCCCAUCCUGUCACGCCUCCCCAAGCCAAAGAUCCAUUGAAGAGUUCACAUCAUCAAACAUAUAUACUGUAUAACAUCUCUCCUCUUCCACAGCCUCAUGGUUAUGACUGAGAUACGUGGAGGGACUGUUUCUAACUGACAAAUCUCCUUCAUAAAAUGUCAAGUUACUUACUUAGCAGCCUUUCAUUGCACAUAGUCAUUAUUUUUCUGUGUAUGACAAACAUUAAUAUUUUUUAUUUGGUAAUCUCACACGUGUGUUUUCUUUAAGAACGCCAAGACUGUACAAAAUGCUCCGGUCAACUCUACUCACACUCACAUGGGUCCUUCUUCUGGAACAGCAGAACAUGGUUUGACCAUGGUCUUCCAUGACCUCAGCAAUGUUAUAUUUCUCCCAGAGGGUAAAAAUAGAAUGACAGAAAAAAAGCAGAGGGGGGGGGGGGGAGAAAUAAGGAGUGGAGCUUUCUGCUCAAACAGGGAAAUGGGUUGAAUGAAGAAUCAUUCAAAGAAAGAGGCUCAAACAUAAACACAAUUCUCCUGAAUAAACCACAGUUGUAGUCCUAUUCCACCUCUAUGAGUAUGUAAGGUGAUGUGUGGAUGCUCUCCCUUCCCUCUGAGAUCAACAUCAGUGUUUAUUGUAUUUUGAGUUUAGGGCUAAGGUCAGUUUGAGGAUUUGAGGGUUGUGUUUAUCUUCUCUUCAGAAUAGUGGUUAACGUUUGGAUGCAUCCAGACAUGGAGAGUGUGUUAAACAGUUUCUGACAGACUAUGGCAGCUUCCAUGAAUGUGGGCUAUGGCUGUAAGUUAAUGCCUCUGGCACUCUCUGUUUUACAGUACCCAUUAAUACCAUGCGCACAUGAAAACACACACACACCAAAUACUCUCACCACUUUAGCACUGUCCAUAAAUUAAAAUCACUGUACACAGUAGUGUUGUUUCAAGUAACUUAUUAUAGUUAGCUAGAUGGUCAACUGUCUUGUUUUUUCAUUUAGUAUAAAUCCGACCGACUGAGAGACACACACACUUCUGGAAAGUUCUCAUAGGGACAUUGAUCCAUCUGUCCCCUACAGCAAGACAAGAUGGGUGCCAGUGUGGUCCUGGGGGACUGAGCUGAGCCCAGGUGAUGACAGGACUGUGUGUGUGUGUGUGUGUGUGUGUCUCUGUCUGUUUUGUGGGAGAGAGAAUAUUUGUGUUUGCCAUGGUGAGAUGUCCCAUGCCAUCCGGACCUGUCAGUCAAUACUGCUUGGUAAUUCCAAACAGAGAAAUCAAUAGGACCUUGGUUUUUAGUGAGAAGAGAGGAUGUGUGUGAGUCUCUAGAUACACCAAUCUGGCAGUGUUUUCAUUGGAUGUGUGUGUGUGUGUCAGGUGUACAGUAUGUGCCCACAGGCCACAGAAAUAAAGCCAGGGAGAAAGGGUAAUGCUGUUCUCUCCAUCAGCCAAUCAAUAGCUUUCAUCAAUAAUUCUAAAGCAGGAGUAUAACUAUCUCGGGGGUCCAACAGGUCGAUCUCGAAGGCCGUACUCUGCCAUGAUGUGCACUAGGCCUAAACAGAUAAAUCGCUAGCCAAACACAUUCGUCUCUUGCUAGGUGUGCACUUGAAUUAAAGGGGAAUUACACUCAAACAUAUACUUUAUUUGAUUUUUUUUCAAGACCUUUACAUUUUUAUUUUCAUGUGAUUUAUGCAUUGACAUGGACUCUGAGCAUCCAAUUUUGUUGUUUUUCGAUAAGUAAUUGUAAUUGUCUGAGUGAAACAACAGAAAAAAGCAAGCAAAUAAAUGAGUAGCUCGCAGCAUUUUUUGAAGUAGAUCUCAUGUUAGAAAAUGCCGGAGACCCCUGAGCUAGCUAAACCAGAACAAAGAGCCCACACUGCAACAAAACAAGCGGAAAUAAUUAGCCAUUUCUAACACGUUCUCUUUAGUAGCAAAACUAGCAAGCCUUUUUUGUCCAUUGUGUUAGUUAAUGGAACAUAGCUGCCUGCCUAUCAUCAUUUGGAUAUUAUACUUUACUUUUUUGUAGCUCUUGUUAAAGAUUACAUAUUUGAUGCAAUUGUGCAGGUUCAGUUUAGGAUAUGGUUGUCCACUCUGCUGUUUGGUUGUCUGUCAAGGCUUUGGGCUUACUCUGAUCACAUUUCUAACAACAUGGGGGUUAAUUAAUAAUUGUAAAUCUACCUACACUGUUAAUGCAACAGGACUACAAUUCCCUCCUGUUUUUCCACUACUUACACAUAAACCACUAGAAGUUUACACACCAGUUAACUCAUUUGUUGAUUACUUACUUAGUUACUAUAGCAUAAUUACAACCGUUGUGAGAGGUAUUUGUCUAUCUUCAAUGUUUAACAUUUCUUGUUUCUGUAUUUCAUGUCAAAUCACCUAUCCACCCAUCCUGCUGUAAUACAUGAUCCCAUUGCAUAAUGUGCAAUAUUGUAAGAAACAACAGCUAUAUUAACCAAUAUAGAUACUGAUAUUGAAGCAACGCUAUAUGCCUAACAGCUGUUGUUUACCUAUAUGCAAGUGGAUUUUUUUUUUUUUUUUAAAGCUAAUCAGCGAUGCACUUUAAAUGACAGUUGAGACUGAAGGAACACUAAACUGGAGAUUUGUUAAAGAUUUGACUGGAUUUGUUUUGUGUUUUCCUUUCUCUGUUUGUACUGUACGUCACGUUCUCUCUCCUGGAGGUUGUGUGAGACAGCAAUAAAGACUGUAUCAAACUUG